GUAUCGGCGCCCGAUACAUUGGAACCUAAUAUAUCUACGAAUCAGUACUAUCUCGCGUAUACCCUACAACCAGGGCCAACCGCUUUGCCAUUCAUCUUUGGUUGUUAUUUUUGACAAAACACCUGGCUAAGGCUCCUCUUCUAAUAACUAAACAUAUCCGUGUUUAACCCAAUACUAUUUGCUACUACGUAAUCUGUAAUGGAGAGAGGGAUAAGAAAUAAUUCAUCUGCGAAAAAGUGUACACCACUAGUAUCGAAAACCAACCCGCUUGACCCCGCCGCUCUAACAUUGCAUAACCCUGGAGUCUUGCAUCCCGCAAUAACCUUUAAAGGGAACAAAGUGUUGCGACCAAAUAGAGAGCCAUGGACUUCUCUAGCCCUCGAGUUGAAGACACUAAGACUUAACGACAUUCAUCAGCACCUAUGGCUUGCAGGCCUCCCGACUGCUGCACGGCCUUUGCACAGACAAAAGCUGCUAGGACGCAAUAUUCUAGUUACUGAAGAUCCAGAUGAGCAUCUUGUCUGGUUUGAAUCGGAUAUUUUCAUUAAGCCGUUGCCCGAUUUCCUUCUUGACUGGAAUUUCUGGAACGACACCGCAUGCGGCUUGCUAUUGUCCUAUGCAUGGCUCGUACGGCACAAAAGCAACCUUAAUAUCGCGAAAGAAUCGGGUCUGCUAUCGAAGAGUAUGGAAUGGUCCAAGUGGGUUGAGUUCAUAGAUGUCUUUCUGGACAACAUAAACUGCGAGACCCUAAGCGACGUCAACAAACGGUAUAAAUAUGGAGAACUGCGAUUAAGUCGGCUUAAUGCUAUAUACAGGCUUGCUCCACCUACGUAUUCCCUUCGUAAUCUUGUUCGAGGAUAUCGAAGCGGAUCGACCUGGUACAGAGCCUUCUUUGAGCGCCACUUUAAAUGGAUACUGGCGGUUUUUGCUAUUGUCUCUGUCCUCCUGUCGGCGCUACAGGUAGGCCUUGCAACCACAAUGCUACAGGGCAAUAGACUGUUCCAAAGUGCCUUAUACGGAUUUAUUAUAGCCUCCUUGGUAGCUAUAGUAACAAGUGUGAUUGUGGUCUUUUUAGUAUGGCUGGGGUUGUUCUGUUAUCACUUGUUAGUUACUUGGCGAAAUAACAGAGCGGUAAACCGUAGGAGGCUGGCUGGAGUGUCCUUUCUAUAGUCAAAUUCUCGAAAUUUUAGCU